AUGAAUAAUAAAAAUAGUUAUAAAAGAAUAAUAAAACAAGAUGAGCAAUUCAUAAAUGAAAUUUUAAAAGAAGAAAAAACCCUUGUUUUAAUUACAAAGAACUAUAUAUUAAUACGAUUUUAUGAAAGCCAUCCUGAUUUUAGGUUUGGAGAAUUUAGUAGUUUACUUCGAUUAUUUCAAGUGAAAUGCGAAUAUGACCCAAAAACUCUUGAUAACGUUUAUAUGUAUGCGACAUUUGAAUGCCUUGAUGAUAUUAAAAAAAUAUGUUCAAGGUCAGUGUUAAUUAAAACUGUAUAUGAAAUUUGGGGAGAAGCAAAAACAUAUGAGGAAUUAGUUCCUAUUGUAUAUUCAAAAGCUGAUGAAUUAAUUCCUAUUCAUAAAGGAAAAACAUUUAGAUUAAAAGUAACAUGUUUUGGAAGAAAUUAUAAACAACCGGAACAAAUUGAAAGAUUUGACAAAUUUAAAGAUUUUAAAUUAUAUGAUUAUCUUGGUAAUGUUAAUUUAAAAAAACCAGAAUUAAGUAUUGCUAUUAUGGAAAAUAUUGGUCAUCUCAAAAAAGCUACAGAACAACCUAAAAAUAUUUAUUUUGGUUAUUCUUUAUGUAAAGGUAAUAGAAAAUUGGUUAAUCACUUUAGUUUAAAAGUUAGACCAUAUAUCGGAACUACUUCUAUGGAUCCUGAGUUAUGUGUUAUUAUGUCUAAUAUGGGUUGUUGUAGACCUGGAACUGUUAUGUGUGAUCCAUUUACUGGAACUGGAUCUACACUAGUUACUUCUGCUCAUUUUGGAUCAUAUGUUCUUGGGAUGGAUAUUAGUAAUGUUGCUAUGAGGUCAAAAGCAUAUUACACUAAAAAUACGGGAAAACCAUUAAAGGAUAUUACUACAAAUAUUGACUAUUACAAUCUUCGUGAUCAUUUCUUAGGAUUAGUUACUAAUGAUUUUGCAUUAUCUUCAUUACAAGUCCGUCCAAUGUUCGAUUGUAUUGUUACUGAUCCACCUUAUGGCAUUAGAGAGGGAGCAAAAAAGGUAGGAAAAAGAAAACCUGAUAUGGUUCCUAAGCCAGUCAUUUGGGGAGAAGACUAUCAUCCUCAUAUUCCUCAAAGAAUUCAAUAUGGAAUAGAUCAAAUACUUCAUGACCUCUUCUUGUUUGCUGCACAAAAUUUGGUCGUUGGUGGAAGAUUAGUUUUUUGGUUCCCUUCUAUCUUUCCAGAAGAUCGUGGAAAAGAUUUUCCAAAUGAAGUAAUGGGUUGUUUAGAGUUAGCUGCAAAUAGUCUUCAAGUAUUAUGUCAUUCUUGGGGAAGGAGAUUAAUCACAUUAACAAAGGUUAGGGAGUUCCAAGGGGAAAUGGACAUUCCAACAGAAUGGGAAAAGGAUUUAAGUGACUUCAGAAAACGAGUCCUUGGUCCAGAAAUAAGAAAAAUCCCGAAAAUAAAUCCCAUUACUCAACAAAACUCACAAAAAACAAUCUCAUGGCUUCCUGAAAUCUUAUUUUCAGAUCAAAGGUGUGAGACUAUGACUUCCACAAUCAGAUUACCAAAGAAAAUGAGUUUCUAUUAUUCUCAAUUCAGUGAUACCCUGUUUUCAGAAGAAAAAAAACAAUUAAAUGAAAUGGAAAUGUGGUUGGAAGUUCAAAAGUAUUUGAGUCAAUGUCAGUUAGUAACAAUAAAUUAUAUUGAUGUGUGUAUAUCUUCUACUCUUACUAUUUGGAACUGUCAAAUAACUGUAACUCUCAGUAAUGAUUUUCCUCAUCUUUUCAUUAUUUUUCCUAAAUCAUUUGGGUUUUAUAUCAACAAUCAACCAAACCAAAUUGUUUUUGAUUAUUUUAAUUUUGCUUUAAUUGCACUUCAAUCAACUGACCAUUGUUUUACCCUGAAAUUUACUUCAUUCACCGAGUUCUCUUUUAAUAGUUUGUGUCCCUAUUUCUCUUUCCUUCCCAUUUAUUAUCUCUGA